UUCAGGGCAGAAACUUUCUGAAUUAUCUUCCUCUUUCCUCUGUUUUUUCUUCGAUGGCCGUCUUCUUAAAAAUGUCUGUUUUUCUGAAUUUUUUUGUGAGUGUUGUAAUGGUAGGUCUCGUUAGCUCGGCAAAGUUUGAUCAGCUUUUCCAGCCAAGCUGGGCAAUGGAUCAUUUUAUCCAUGAAGGGGAGCUUCUUAAGCUCAAACUUGAUAACUAUUCUGGAGCUGGCUUUGCAUCAAAAAGCAAGUACAUGUUUGGGAAAGUCACCAUUCAGAUUAAACUUGUGGAGGGUGACUCUGCCGGGACUGUCACUGCAUUCUAUAUGUCAUCAGACGGUCCAAACCGCAAUGAGUUUGAUUUUGAGUUCCUGGGGAACACUACAGGGGAGCCAUACCUGGUCCAGACAAAUGUGUAUGUCAAUGGCGUGGGCAACAGGGAGCAGAGGAUGAACCUCUGGUUCGACCCCACCAUGGACUUCCACUCCUACUCCAUCCUGUGGAACCAGCGCAAAGUAAUGUUUCUGGUGGAUGAGACCCCAAUAAGAGUGCACAGAAACAUGGAAAACAAGGGAAUUCCUUUCCCGAAGGACCAAGCCAUGGGAGUUUACAGCUCCAUAUGGAAUGCGGACGACUGGGCAACGCAGGGUGGCCGAGUUAAGACAGACUGGACCCAUGCACCCUUCAUUGCUACCUACAAGGGCUUUGAGAUAGACGCUUGUGACAGCCCCGUGUCAAUGACCAUAUCAGACACUGCCAAGAAAUGCAGCAGUGGUGGUGGUGGUGAGAGGAAAUACUGGUGGGAUGAACCAACUAUGUCCGAGCUAAGUCUCCACCAGAGCCACCAACUCCUGUGGGUUAGGGCAAACCACAUGGUCUAUGACUACUGCACUGACACUGCUAGGUUCCCAGUCAAGCCAGUGGAGUGCGAGCACCACCGCCACUAGUGGUGGAGACAGACACAAGCUCGAAAUUGGUUAUGGGUGCUUUGUAAAUAGUGAUGAUGGUAGUAAAACGUGCACUGUUUCAUAUUUUUGGUUAUUUAUGGUUCUAUUUUAGCUUCAACAUUGUAAGAUGGUCACGAAUUUAAUAUAAAUUUAGAAUUUCU